AAUGUUUUGGAUGAUGCACGCAUUGUUAAGGAAGUUGUUGUCUUUAACUGUCUAUGCUUUAACAAUGCUCAAAAUUAAGGUCCCAUCUAUUUUAGCUGAAGAAUAACGGUUUUAGAUAACAUAUCGGGGCUGUUGCACAGCGUGCACACAGGUUUGGGUCAUCACAGUCGCCAGUAAUGAAACUUAAAGAGUUAGAGAGUUGGCUACAGCAAGUGGACGCGUUUGAAGAGCCAAAAAUUCUUCUUGAGCAAUAUCCAACCAGUCCUCAUAUUUCUGCAUGCAUGCUUUAUACAAUCCAAAACACGUUUAAUGACAUCGAGGGUAAACUAGUGGCAGAUCUGGGAUGUGGCUGUGGAGUCUUGAGCAUCGGGGCUGCGAUGUUGGCUGCAGGUUUGUGCGUCGGCUUCGACAUUGACAACGAUGCACUGGAUAUAUUCAGAAGAAAUGCAGAGGAAUUUGAAAUUUCUAACGUGGAUCUGGUCCAGUGUGACUUGGCUUCUCUGGAGGCAGAGGCUUAUGCCAAAAAGUUUGACACCGUAAUAAUGAAUCCACCAUUUGGGACAAAACACAACCAAGGCUUGGACAUGAAGUUCUUGUGGGCUGCUAUAACAAUGGCAAAGACAGCAGUGUAUUCACUCCAUAAAACAACAACACGAGAGCACAUACAAAAGAAGGCUAAUGAUUGGGGAGUGAAAAUGGAAGUAAUAGCAGAACUCAGAUAUGACUUGCCAGCAUCUUACAAGUUCCACAAAAAGAAGUCGGUUGACAUCCAGGUGGAUUUCCUACGAUUCUCCAAAGCCUGAAGCGGUCACUGGAAUGGAUUGAAUUGCCUCUGCAUUAUCACUGUUCAUAAUAAAUGUUUUCACAAAAGAAAAAAA